CCAAGUCUUUGGAAAAACUUCGAUUUCUAAAUUAUCUUAAUGUUUCUUUCAAUAGACUUGAAGGAGAAAUUCCCACGGAUGGACGUUUUCCAAACUUUUCUAGCACAUUAUUCAUGAAUAAUUCUGCACUUUGUGGUCCACCAAGAUUGCUAGUCCCACCUUGCAAGAAAAACAUCCGCAAAAACUCCAAGAUGAUUUUUCAUGCUUUAAGGUAUGGUUGACCUGCAUUUGGGAUUGUCAUAGUACUAAUAGUCUUAACUAUUAUGUAUAGAAAAUGCAACAGUAGGAACACAACUCUACCAAUUAAGGAUGAUUCAUCGUCUUUGAAAACUUGGAGAAGAAUUUCACAAGCUGAACUUUCACAAGCAACCGAUGGAUUUGUGGAAAACAAUUUGCUUGGUUCAGGGAGUUUUGGAUAUGUAUAUAGAGGAAGGCUUUCAGAUGGAAUGGAAGUAGCAAUCAAAGUCUUCAAUUUGCAGACAGAAGGAGCAUUUAAGAGCUUUGACAUUGAAUGUGAAGCAUUGCGUAAUAUAGUUAAUCGGAAUCUUGUCAAGAUCAUUACCUGCUGCUCUAAUGUCGAGUUUAAAGACUUGGUGCUUGAUUUCAUGUCUAAUGGAAGCCUUGAUAAGUGGUUACAUUCUAAAAAUCGCUCUCUUGAUAUCUUACAAAGGAUGAACAUAAUGAUAGAUGUUGCAACAGCUCUAGAACAUCUCCAUACUGGACAUCCAACACUUGUAAUUCAUUGCGACCUAAAACCGAGUAAUAUUCUACUUGAUGAUGAUAUGGUUGCACAUGUGGGAGAUUUUGGCAUUGCCAAAUUGUUGGGAGAAGGUGAUGUAAUGAGACAAACCAUGACUCUUGCAACUAUCGGCUAUAUGGCAACAGAAUUUGGAUCAGCGGGAAUUGUUUCUAUAAAAUGCGACGUCUAUAGCUAUGGGAUUGUCCUAAUAGAAACUUUCACGAAGAAAAAGCCAACUGAUGAUUUCUUCACUGAUGAAAUGACUAUGAGGGAUUGGGUGAAAAGAUCAUUAUCUGAAGGAAUGAUAGACAUUGCAGAUGUUGAUAUAUUAAGAAGAGAGGAUGAGUACUUUGUUGUUUAAGCAAAUUGUAUUGCAUCUAUCAUGGACUUAGCUUUAGUUUGUUCCGCUGAGUUACCAGAAGAAAGAAAAGAUAUGAAGGAUGUUGUGGCUGAGCUGAAGAAAAUCAAACAAAGGUUUCUAAACAGCAUCGAACAUGUUUAAUAAAG